AUGCGCUCCGGCCAGGCUUGGAGCAGCCGUGCAGUGCCGGGGAGCGGGCGCCUUUCUCGCCUUGACGCUGCCGGCAAGCGUGUGGAUCAGCGGCUGGAGCCGGACCCGGACCCGGACCCGGACCCGGACCCCGGCGGGGGCGGCACCCGUGGGCGAACCGUCGCAAGAAUGCCUGCUGCCUUCUCGGUAGCUGAGCUUAUUUUGGGUCUCUGCGUCACACUUGCGUUUGGAGAUACAGAAGUAAGGUUUGCAGGUCAAACAAACUUUGUGGUGAAUGAAACAAGUAUUUCAGUUAUACGCUUGGUUAUUGAAAGGAUUGGAAUACCAGCCAAUGUCACAGCACUCUUACUGCUUCAAGGGGAAGAUACUGAUGAUUUUGAGGCCACAUCUGCUGCAGCCAGAUUAUUGACUACAGAGACAAAUAAAACUGUGUAUAUCGCAGUCAAGGAUGAUGAUUUUCCGGAAGCAGAUGAAACUUUUGUUUUCUCACUAAGUCUACAGGGAUCCUUUUCAGAUGUUAUGCUUGGAAUUCCCAAUAUUGCCAGAGUAACCAUUCUGUCAAAUGAUAAUGCCUUUGGAAUUAUUUCUUUCAACAUGUCUUCCAUAAUCAUUGUCAGUGAGGCAAGGGAGGGAAAAGAACUUGUCCCGCUUAAACUAAUCAGAAAGAAAGGAACCUAUGGGACCAUAACUGUGACCUUUGAGAUUACAGCAGGUCCAAAUUCUGCAGAGGAAGACAUCAGUCCAGCAAAGGGAACAAUUCUUCUUCCUCCUGGGAGAGCAGUGAUAGAUUAUAACCUUACCAUUUUAGAUGAUCAGGGAGGAGCUGAAAUUGACUCUACGCAAAGUAGUUUUCAACUUGAAAUCAACAAAAAUGAUUGUCCACUACGAUUUGCACAAGCAGUGUACACCGUGUCUGAGACAGUUGGUGUGAUUACCGUACCGGUCAUUCGGGGCAGGGACCAAGAUGGAAAAAUAAUUGGUUCUGAUGAUGUUCUGAUUUCCGUUAAUUACCAGAUAAGGUCAUUUCAGGUUGCUUUACUUGAAGAUACAAUAAAAGGAGAUGCGGUGCUGCUUAGUCCCAGCAAAGUUCAGAUUAUUAUUGAGCCAAAUGACAAACCCCAUGGAGUUCUGUCAAUUAACAGCAAUCUUUUAGCACAGAAGUUUGAUGGAAUUACUAUUGUAAGGAAUGGAGGGGCACAUGGUAACAUCUCAGUGGAUUGGAUUAUUUCAAGGAGUGGUAAUGACUCUUCAGCUGUCACUGAAGACCUCAAGCCAUCUUCAGGCACUCUGGAACUUGUGGAAGGGCAAAUGAUGGCUCUUGUGCCCCUCACCAUUGUUAAUGAUAAUAUACCUGAGAAGCAGAAGCUUUAUCUUUUCCAGCUGUUAAACAGUACAAUAAAAGGAGGAGCAGAACUGGAUGAACCCAUGCAACUUCUAUUCUAUGGAGGAACAGAAGAUCGAAGUAGCCUUGCUGGGCGGUUUCUGUCGUUGAGUUUUGGCAGGCACAAUGGAACAGUUGGGGUUGUGCAGCUGAACUACACUGUACUGUACAUGCCUGCUGGUGUCAUGGAUCUUUCCAAAGCAAAAGAUGAUGUCCUAAACGUUUCCAGCAAAAAUAGUAUCAUCUUCAUGCCGGGGCAGUCACAGAUGAGCCUCAAGCUACCAAUAAGAAAUAAUGCAUUCCUUCAAAAUGGAGCAAGCUUUCUUGUGCAGCUGGAGACAGUGGAGCUAGUGAACAUCCUUCCCCCUGUUCCAUCAGUGAGUCCCAGGCUUGCUGAUUUGCUAAUGGUCUCACUAAUAAUUACACCUGAGUUGGCAAAUGGAGAAGUUGGAUUUACCAGCAAUGAAACUCUCCUUGUUUAUGAACCAGAGAACUCCUCUGACAGUCAGAUAUAUAUUGCUUUGCAACGCGAUGGCACUGAUGGCUCUGCAGAGGUGUACUGGCAUUUGGAGCCCGCAGGGGUUAAUCGUCAUAACAUUAGCAUUGAUGACCUCAGCCCUAUCAAUGGUUCUGUUAAAUUCUUGUCAGGCCAAAGCAAUGCGACGAUCAACAUCACAGUAAAAUCAGAUGAUCUACCUGAAAUAAAUGAGACUUUGAUUAUCUCUUUAGACCGAGCUAGCCCGGAAAAUCAGAUUAUGAAAUCAAAUUUCAUCAGUAGAAAAAUAAUUAUUUUACAAAAUGAUGACCCGGGUGGAAUAUUUGAAUUCUCCUCACAGACAAGAGGACCAUAUUUUGUGCACGAAGGUGUUGCCUUUGAACUCAAGAUUGUACGAUACCAUGGUGCACUUCUGAAGCAAUUCCUGCGCUAUGUUGUGGAACCAAAACAAUCUUUUGAAUUUUAUGGGAACACAGGGGUUUUGGAAUUUGACCCUGGUGAAAGGGAGGUAGCAAUAACAUUGUUAGCAAGGCAGGAUGACAUACCAGAGCUGGAUGAACACUAUUCUGCAAUACUCAGCAGCCAUGGGAUACCGCCAAGCAAAUUAGGAGCUGCUACUCAAGUCAACAUCACAGUUAUGAAGAAUGACGACCCUCAUGGUGUCUUACUGUUCAACACUCCAGAAUCUACUAAAAGCAUAAAUGAAAGCAAGGAUGAUAUUUUAAACAAAGCUGACUUUACUGUAAUCCGUGACCGAGGAACAUUUGGCAAUGUUAGUGUUCACUGGAGAUUGGACCCAGCAUUCACCAAUGAUGUUUACCCCGUCCAAGGUGUGGUCAACUUCAGAAGCGGUGAAUCUUCAAAGAAUAUCACACUCCAGUCCCUUCCUGAUUCUAUUCCUGAGGAAAUGGAAGCUUUCAUAAUCAUCCUUUGGAAUAUCACUGGAGAAGCCAGGCUUGGAAGUGCACAGAAUGCAACUUUGUUUAUUAAUAAAAAUGAUGAUCCCAUUUAUUUUGAAGAGCCAGUUGUUAUUAGAGUCCAAGAAGGAAGUGUUGGCAACUUCACAGUUGUUAGAAAUGGAUCUGCAGAUUUCGUAGCUGUUGUCGUCUACAAUGUUGAAAGUGGAGGAGCCUCCCAAAGUGAAGGAGACUUUCAUUCACUGACUGAAAAUAUGACGCUGGUAUUUGAAGUUGGAGAAAAAGCUAAGACUAUUUCUGUGAUUACUAAUGAAGAUGACAUUCCUGAAACAGAUGAAAUGUUCUACAUUGUGUUACUUAAUUCUACAGGGGAUACAGUUGUUUAUGAGCCUGUAAGGGCUACAGUUAUUAUUGAAGCAAAUGAUGAUCCUAAUGGAAUCUUUUUGCUGGAACCUUUUGAAAAGGCAGUUUUUGAAGGAACGACCAACAAUUUUAUGAUUAUGAGACAGCGAGGAAUAUUUGGAAAUGUCUCUGUUUCAUGGCAGCUGUUUUUCAAUGAUACCUUAUUGGAACCUGGGCAGGAGUUUUCCGAAACAUCUGGUGUUGUGCUCUUCACUACUGGAGAACUAGCCUCUCCUAUAGCUCUCCAUGCACUUCCCGACGGAAUUCCAGAGUUCAAUGAAACUUAUGUUCUAAGGUUGAUCAAUGUUUCAGGAGGGACUCCUGGCUCUGGCGGUCAGUUAUCAAAUAAGAGCUUAAGUGUCAAUGUUGUGAUUCCACUCAAUGAUGAUCCUUUUGGAGUUUUCGUUCUGGAUGCAGAAAGCCAAGACAGGGAAGUUGCAGAGGAUGUGCUUUCAGUUGAGGAUAUGUCGUACAUUACAAACUUUACCAUUCUACGACAAAAAGGCAUAUUUGGAGAUGUUCGACUUGGAUGGGAGAUACUGUCCAAUGCAUUUAGAUAUGAACUGCCUGAAAUGAUAGACUUUAUACUGGUUGGAACAUUUUCCAGUUCUGUUGAAUUACGUCCUCACGCCAGAAGACGUCACACGGGUACAGAUGUCCUGUACUUCAGUGGGGCAGAGGGUGUUUAUGGAACUGUUAACCCAGAAUAUCAUUCAUGGAUGAAUAACACAAUUCCAAAUUUUACGUUAUCUGUUUGGGUGAUACCUAAUCCCAACACCAAUGGGUUUAUCAUAUCGAAAGCAAAUGACAAUGGCACCAUUUAUUAUGCUAUGAAGUUGAUGACUAAUGAAUCCUCUGUCUCAGUCAUGUUAUGCUAUAACUUGUUGAGCUCAAAUAUUACCCAUGUUGCCACAGUAACAGCAUUAAAAUAUAUGGAUGAAAAUACUUGGAUACACAUUAUAAUUGUGGUGGCUGAUAGAAUAAUCGAAUUUUAUUUGGAUGGGAUUCUACUUCCUGAUGGCAUUAAGAAUCUCAAAGGUGAAACAAUUGCAGAUGGGCUUGGUUUUCUAACUGUUGGGGCAAAUACCGAUGGGCAGAACAGGUUCACGGGGCUAAUGCAAGAUGUGAGAAUGUAUGUUUGCAAGCUGAACCGAGAAGAAAUCCAUGAAAUCCAUGCCACUCCGGCCAAGGCUGACCUGCACCCAAUAUCUGGAUACCUGGAGUACAGGGCAGGAGAGAAAAAGAAGUCAUUUAUUGUUGCUGCAAGAGAUGACUCUGAAGAGGAAGGGGAGGAAUCUUUCACCUUAAGACUGACGAGCGUGCAUGGUGGAGCCAGAAUUUCACAGGAUAAUGCCACAGCCAGACUGCGAAUACAAAAAAGUGACAAUGCCAAUGGAUUGUUUGGUUUCACUGGGACCUGCAUUCCACAGACAGCCAGUGAAGGAUCUACAAUAUCAUGUGUUGUAGAAAGAACAAGAGGAGCCUUGGCCUAUGUCUUUGUGAAUUAUAAUAUCACACAGGUUGAAUUUGACAGCAGCAAUAUUAGUGAUUUUGUCAGCUCCACUGGUACCAUCACCUUUGCUCCCCAGCAAAACUCUGAGGUUUUGAAUGUGCAUGUUCUAGAUGACAAUUUACCUGAGCUUGCUGAGCACUUCAUAAUUUCCCUGGUUUCAGCAAUAUCCGGAGAUGGGAAAAUGGGCUCUACUCCAACUAGUGGGGCCAGUAUAGACCCAGAGAAAGCAAGCACAGAAGUCGUAAUAAAAUCCAGUGAUCAUCCUUAUGGUUUGCUGCAGUUUUCCACUGGGCCACCACCUGAUAAAAAUGUAAUUGUCCCUCCUGCACUUUCUGUACCAAGCAUUACUGUGACGGAGGAAGUUGGUUCAAUCAGAUUGCUGGUAGUUCGUGCACAGGGUCUUCUGGGCAAUGUCGUGGUGGCGUACCAAACUGUUCCUCUGACAGCUGCCAGCCCAUCUGAUUAUCAAGAUACAGCAGGCACUCUGGAUUUUAAACCUGGAGAGCAAUAUAAAUACAUAACUGUAAAUAUCACUGAUGAUUCUGUUCCUGAACUGCCCAGCAGCUUUAAAGUGGUGCUGUUGAACUCUGAGAAAGCUAACCUUGCAAUAGCAUCUGAAAUCAUAGUUACUAUUGAUGCCUCUGAUGAUGCAUAUGGAGUGUUCCAGUUCAGCAAUGACUCUCUGCACACAGACGGUACAGAACCCGAAGGGAGUCAUGACAUUGUUUUAUUUCAGGUGAUACGUGCUGGUGGUGCUCUGUCCCAGGUUACUUUAUUUUGGGAUGUGGUCUCUGACCCUUACAAUACUUUGGUCAAUACCCAUGGCAAUGUCACAUUCGAAAUGGGACAAUCUCUGGCCAACAUUGUGCUACAGGUGGCUUCAGAUGAUGUGCCGGAAUUGGAUGAAGAUUUUAUGAUUUAUAUUACUAAUGUUUCCAAAGGACGCCUGGGAAUUCUAGUAAAUGCCACCUUGACAGUUUUAGCUGAUGAUGAUCCUUAUGGUGUGUUCAUCUUUUCUAUAAGAAGUCGACCUAUCAGAGUUGAGGAGGAGGACCAAAAUGUGACGCUGACAGUUGAACGAAUUAAUGGACUCAUGGGUAUUGCUGUUGUCACAUACUCGACUGUGGAUGACACAGAGUCAACUGAUCUGCCAUAUUUCAUUGCUCGGGCAAUGGAGGAAAGUGAUUAUCUUGCCAUAUCUGGGUCAAUAAUCUUUGAAGCCAAUCAAACGGAAGCUAAUAUAACUAUUCCCAUUCUGGAUGAUGCAGAACCUGAGAGGCCAGAGUCUGUGUUUGUCCAGUUACGUAAUGUCGUGCUGCUGAAAGGGGAGCAGGACAGACCAAUUGCUGGUUCUCCACGCCUUGGAUCAAGGAAUGACAUCAUAGCCCAAGUGAUAAUCGAUGCCAAUGAUGAUGCAUUUGGUACGCUGCAGCUCUCUACUUCUGCUGUACGGGUUCCUGAAAAUUACAUUGGACCGAUAAUCAAUGUGACGAGGACUGGAGGCAUAUUUGCAGAUGUUUCUGUAAAAUUCCAAGCUUUGUCAAUGACAGCAAGAGCUGGUGAAGAUUACAGUAUAGCAUCCUCUGAUGUCAUCCUUCUCGAAGGUGAAACGAGCAAAGCAGUGCCAAUUUACCUUCUUAAUGACAUCAUUCCUGAACUUGAAGAAUCAUUUCAUGUUAAGCUCAUUAAUGAGACCACAGGAGGAGCUGUGCUUGGAGCUAUUACACAGGCAACUAUUACUAUUGAGGCUUCUGAUGACCCUUAUGGAUCCUUUGUUUUCGAAGGGACAGAAUUCAUUGUUGCAGAACCAGAAUCUGAAACUACAAAGAUAAAUCUGCCAGUUGUUCGAAAUGCUGGGACGCUUGGUACUGUUUCAGUCCAUUGGGUUGCCACAAUGAAUGAGCAUGAAAUUACCAGCGAUCUCCAGGAGACCUUGGGAGAAAUAAUUUUUGCUCCAGGACAAACUAUUCAAACUUUGCAAUUGGAGCUUCUAGCAGAUGAUAUCCCUGAAAUUGAAGAGAUCAUUCAGGUGAAACUUACCCAUUCUACUUAUGGGAGCUCUGUUGGGAGAAACAAUGUGGUGAAUAUUAUUGUUCCAGCAAAUGACAACCCAUAUGGUACUGUUCGUUUCACACAGACAGUUUACAAAGUUCAGGAGCCACUGGAAAGAAAUUCCAGAGCAAAUAUCACAGUGGCGAGAAGUGGAGGCCAUUUUGGGCAACUGCGAUUAUUUUACAGCACCUCUAAGAUUGAUUUUGUGGACCUUCUGAUAAAAGAAGGACAAGACCUGCUCUCUUAUUAUGAAUCCCCAGUUCUUGGAAUUGCAGAUGGACAACCUAUAUUCCAGCUGAAUGUUUCUCUGGAGAUGGAUGCUUUACGUGCCUGUGCAGCUUCUUGUCUCAAAGAACAAGCUUGCUUAGCUUUCUCAUUCAGUAAUACCUCUGGGCAGGCCAAUUGUUCCUGGAUAAUUUCAUCAUCUGACAUAUUGGCCCCCAGCAUAGAAUUCACAACAUAUCGCAAGAACAGUUCCAGUGUGUCCGCCUUGCUGAGAACUCAGGCCACAGCUGGCUUUGACUAUGAGCCAGUCUCUGGACAAUGGGCAAUCAUGCAUGAAGGAAAUGAAUUUGCUAAUCUAUCAGUUUUAAUUCAAACUGACACAAUACCAGAACGCGAUGAAAAAUUUGCCAUUUUGCUUUUAAAUGUGGAACUGCUGAAUGAAAAGGUCACUCUGGAAAACCAGCCUACAGUUGGCCAACCAAACAUCUCAACUAUUAUCAUAGCCAUGAAUGGAGAUGCAUUCGGCAUCUUUCUGCUUUAUGCUGUAAACAUUAAUGCCUCAGACAAAGGAAGUUACCUUGAAGUAAGAGAAGAAACUCAGCUGACAGUGCAGCUAGUUGUAGACAGGAGUGGUGGAAGUCUUGGUGAGGUGACUGUGGAGUGGAGUGUGGUUGGUGGCACAGCUACAAAAAACAUCGAUUUCAUUGGUGAUGGUGAAAUAUUAACAUUUGCAGAAGGUGAGAAUAAGAGAAUUGUCACAUUAAUAAUCAUAGAUGAUGAAGAACCAGAAGACAAUGAAACCAUUUUCGUCCGUUUGACACAUACUGAAGGUGGCAGUCGUAUUCUGCCCAGCUCCAACACUGUCACUGUAGUCAUUCUAGCCAACGAUUAUGUUGCAGGAGUGAUUAGUUUUCAGGCAUCCUCACGAUCAGUCACUGGACGGGAAGGAGAAUCUUUGCUACUCUGGAUUGAGAGAAGUUCCCCAGGAAGUGGAAACAUUACAGCUGACUGGGAGAUUAAUGGGCGACACGUUCAGCAAAACUUUGUGGAUACUGGAGGGACCCUUUUUCUCUCUGAGGGUGUUCUAAAUACAUCCCUUCUGGUCCACAUACUCGAUGACGGCAUCCCUGAAGAAAAGGAAGAAUACAGAAUUAUUUUGUCAAAUGUCAGAACUCAAGGCAUUCCCCCAACAGGUGCAGCUGCUCUUGACAGCCAGGGAUACAAAGCCAUUCUUACAGUGGAAGCCAGUGAUGACCCACAUGGCAUAGUGACAUUUGCUCUGUCAUCUCGCUCUGUUUCAGUUGAGGAAGGCAACAAAGCCAUUCAUCUCUUUAUCAGUAGGGAAUUUGGAUCCCUAGGUGCCAUUAACAUCACAUUUGAGACAGUUCAAGGGUCGUUGCUGCCUCUGAACCAAACUGAACAGUCCCUGGCUGAGUCUGGUCUCGAUUUUCUGCUCAUGUCUGGUUUCGUUAUUAUGGAGGAGGGUGAAGCCACCACAACUAUAAAUGUCACAAUUUUAGAGGACGAAAUUCCUGAAUUGCAGGAGCUCUUUCUUGUGAAUUUAACGUUUGUGAAGCUCAUCCAAUCUGAUUCAAGUAUUUUCCCCCCUCGAUUGGAUGCAGCAGGUCAGGUCUCUCAGAUAAUUAUUAAUGCAAAUGAUGGUGUGAAGGGAAUUAUUCAAUGGCAAAGCAUUAAUUUGGAGGUGAAUGAAACCACAGAAAAUCUCACCUUGGUGAUUUAUCGAGAUAGGGGCACAUAUGGGAAUGUAUCACUGUUUUGCUAUCCCCAGAAUUUGAAAGCACAACUUGGAUUGGACUUCAAUGUGCAACCAAUGAAUGCUAUUGUUAUUACAGCCACAGUGACCAUCGCUGCCAAUGAUGAUGGACAUGGGAUUCUGUCGUUUAACAACACAGAGCACUUUUUCCUUAAGGAGCCAACUGCCCUUGGUGUAUCAGAGAGUGUUGCUGCACUGCAUAUUAUACGAGACCCACCACAAGGGACAUUCGGAAUAGUCUCUGUUCAGUAUGUUGUCACAAGUGUGAAUGGAUCGGAUCCUUUACUGGACUUAACACCGACACAAGGUCUUAUUGUAUUGGAAGAUGGUAUAAAAAAGAAGAUUCUGCGUAUUUCUGCUGUAUUGGAUGAAGAGUCAGAGAUGGAUGAAGAAUUCUUGGUUACUUUGUUUGGCCCUACAGGAGGGGCUAGGCUGGGUGACAAAAUACAGGUCCUGAUAACAAUCCUUCAGAACCAGGCGCCACUGGGACUUUUUAGCAUCUUCCCAGUAGAAAACAGCUUGCACAGGGCUUUGAUUAAUGUGGAACCUCUGUAUGCUUCAGUCAUUGUCCUGUGUCAGAAAGAGAAUGGGUUGAUGGUGGAGACCUGCCAAACAAAAUGUACCCAGUUCUUCCUGCAAGGGGGUGAUGUUCAAGUGCUGUCCACAUUGCAGAAUUUCCCUGAAGUACUCGGCUCAAGGUGGUGCUUCCUGACAUUUAACAACAGCCUGUUUGGAAUUUUUCUUCAAAUAAACGGAAGCAGUUGGAAGGUAGAUGCUGUGUCAACCCUAUAUCAAUGGCGUGGUGUAUUUGUCCCAGUGCAGAACAUCGAAACAUGGAACCCGACAGGCUGCACGACGUUUGUCAAAAGUGAUGUAUCUUAUAUAGUCAUUACCCACAGUGGAAUAACAGGAACGAAAGCAUCCAAUAACAGCAUUUACAGGUUUACAUUGCAAUCUGAAUUAACAUUGAUUCAGGCUUUGACUGUCCCAGAGAGCAGUGAUGUAAAACAUUUUGCACAGGAAAACCAAGAUUACUUGAUCAUCAGCAGUCAAGUGGACACUCUUGACAGUAACUCAAAGAUCUAUAGAUGGGAUGGGAGUUCAUUUACUUUUCAUCAGAACCUACGGACUCAUGGUGCUACUGGCCUUGCUCUGUUCAAACAAGGAAAUCUACUAUACCUGGCUGUUUCCCAGUUCAACCGAGCAUCUGUGCUCUUUCAAUGGAGUGACGACCAGUUCGGCAAGCCCCAGAACUUGACUGUCCAUGCAGGAAUGCACGUCAGUAGCAUGACUGCUGGGGCUGACACCUACCUUGUCUUUGAUUUUCUUCCAGUUCAUCUCGUGUUGAAUGGUGAAGACACGUCAAAUCUCUACACAUGGGAUAUGGACAAUAGCCAAUUUAUAUUGGUGCUGAAACUCCCAGCAUCAAAUUCCAUGGUUUCUGUCACUGCUCCUUCACGUAAUGGAACCAAAACCCUCAUUGCUUCAGUGGGCAAUUCAGAUUCCUGGAUCUAUGAGCUGGCUUCUAUUUCUAAUGAAUCAGAUUUCAUUCCAGGAUCUGAUGAGCUCGUAUUUGAACUUGGUGAGAAAGAAGCAGUGAUAGCAGUAAAUAUUCUUGAUGAUGAGAUACCGGAGGACGAUGAGUUUUUUGCAGUCAGACUCGUAAAUGCAAAAGGUGGAGCUGAAAUUGGUUUUAAUGAUCAUGUGACUCUUGUGAUCCAAUCAAAUGAUGAUGCCCAUGGAAUAAUCGGUUUUGCGCAGAGUUCCAAGUCCAUGCAAGUGCAAGAAUUGGAACAAGACAGUAAGAUCGCUCUGAGUGUUGAACGUUUACGAGGAACAUUCAGAGCUCUCACUGUACAUUGGGUAACCACUGGAAACGUCAAUGAUAUCUUUCCAACUUCUGGAGUAUUUACUUUCACGGAGGGUCAAGCACUCACAACGCUUUUACUUGUGGUGCUAGCUGAAGAUAUUCCAGAAGGAGCUGAGCUUGUAACCAUUACACUUGUAAAUGUCACCACUAUGGGUGUGCAAGACCAAGCUAAAGGCGCUACCAUUGAUUCCAACAAAAGAAAUGCCGUCUUGACUGUUCUCCCGAGUGACUCGCCCUAUGGUGUGAUUAGCUGGCACAUAAACUCAAGCAAUGUCUCUCUGCAGGAGCCUGAAUUUGAUUCAACUGAUGUCUUCUUAACCAUAAUUCGUGAACAAGGAUUUGUAGGUGAUGUUAUUGUCCAGUACAGUACCAAAUCGAAUCUUUUCCUUCCACCUGUUAAUCAAGCAACUGCAAACCAGGACUAUAAGAGCAGCCAAGGCACAGAUGACAUUCCUGAAUUACAUGAAAGCUUUCUCGUUAACAUUACCAGUGUGAAACUGGCUGAUGCUGCACUUGUUGGAGGAAAGCCCAGAGUGAAGCAUUUGGAAAUGGAGCUGGCAGAAAUAACAAUCAAAGAGAAUGAUGAUCCCAGGGGAAUCAUUCAUUUCAACACAUCAAGGAAUAAAACUGAUGCCAUUGUCGCUUAUGAGAUGGCCCCUCCAGGAAACCUCCUGAAAUUACCAGUGAUCCGCAGUGCUGGUAAAUUUGGGGAAGUAACUGUACUUUGGGAAGCUCUGCCUGGAAGUGCCAGUUUCUCAGAUUUUACACCAUCCAAUGGAAGUCUUACUUUUGCUGAAGGACUGUCUUCUGCAGUUCUAGAAAUCAUCAUAGUGGAUGAUAAUCUGACAGAAUUUCUGGAGACUUUCAGCGUUGUACUGACUCAUGUGAUGGGAGGUGCCAAAAUGGGAGAUGACAAUAUUGUUACUGUCAGCAUUCCAAAUAACGACUCGCCUGUGGGAAUAUUUGGGUUUGAGGAACGUUCUGUGGCUGUUGAAGAACCACAGACAUCUGACGAUCCAGCUGGCCUCGUAUCCUUUACUGUCCGUCGAAAGGAAGGUUAUGGCUCAGUUCAAAUUGUUUGGCAAGUCGAUGAAUCUGCAGUAGAUGACCUCACACCCCUUUCUGGAGCUUUGAUGUUCAAUCAGACUGAGACGACAAAGACACUUGUUUUACACAUUUAUCCAGAUGCUCUUCUGGAGGGAGAAGAACAAUAUAUGAUUCGGCUGAUAUCUGCCUCUAAUAAUGCAGAAAUAUCCCCUGUACAUGGAAGUGCCACUAUCAUUAUUUUAGGUGAUCAUGCAUCAUCUGGUACAAUUGCCAUUGCUGAAUCAACCAAACACGUUCUAAUUGGAGAGCCAACCAGCGAGUACAAUGGGACUGCGCUAGUAAUGUUGGUGCGUGGUCCAGGAGUUUUUGGUGAUGUUACUGUUAACUGGAUUAUAAUUCCAGCAUCUCUGAAUGAAUUUGCUGAAGUGAGCGGAACUGUUUUCAUGCGCGACAGGCAGUCAUCUGCCACUAUUUUGCUACAGGCAAUAAAAGAUGAUAUUCCUGAAGAAAAACAGUAUUACCAACUUCAGCUGACAGGGGUCAGUGGCAGUGCUGUAAUUAAUGACACAUCAAACUCUGCUAAUAUCACCAUGGCAGCCAGCGAUUUUCCAUAUGGUCAAUUUGCAUUUUCAUAUGAAGAUCUUCAAGCCUUUGAGAAUGGAAAACAGGUUAAUGUUACCAUUGUGCGAUCUCAUGGCAGUUCAGGCCACAUUCACCUGUGGUAUCAAACAUACAAUGGGACUGCACUAGGUGACAUAGAUUUUGCAUCCAGUUUUGGGCAGUUGUUAUUUGAACCAGGGGAACGAGCUCGACAAAUACCAGUUGAUAUUCUUGAUGACAGUAUUCCUGAAGGCCCCGAGGAUUUCUUUGUAAAAAUUCUUAAAGUGGAACUUCAGUCAGACAGUUUGCACGACUUCACUGUUCGAGAUCAUGGCCUUCAACCAGAUCAACCUCCUGUUUUGGGUAACAUCUCAUCCAUUAGGAUUGUGAUACAAAUAAAUGACAAUGCAGAAGGUAUUAUAGAAUUUGAGGCACAAUUCCUUAGUAUAGAAGUUGAAGAAGACAUUGGGAUACUUGGAAUUCCUUUGGUAAGGAAAAUGGGGACAUAUGGAUUUGUCACGGCAGACUUUGUUUCUCGUGCUAUCACAGCAUCCCCCAAUGGAGCUGACUAUGUUCUUCCGAAUGGGACAAUCAUAUUCUACCAUGGACAAAAUCAGAGUUUUAUAAAUGUGACCAUUAUUGAUGACAUAGAAAGUGAAUUUGAUGAGCAGUUUGAAAUCCAGUUGGUAGCAGCAAAAGGAGGAGCAGUGCUUGGAACCCAUCUCACCACCAGAGUAACCAUCCGCAGAAGUGACUCCAUCAGUGGACUCAUUCGAUUUCGAAAUCUGACCCAGUUGAUCAUCCCUAAUCCCAGUACACCACAGGUGCUAACGCUGAUGCUGGAAAGGAUUGGAGGACACACUGGAGAUGUGCAGAUCAAAUGGCACAUCUUGGGUCCAAACUCAGAAACAAUUUUACCAUCAUCCAACACAGACAUAGGUGAUCCUGUGAAUGGAACGUUCUACUUUAGAGAUGGGGAGGUCGGGAACCGAAUCAUUGAACUGAACAUUUUACCACAUGAAGAAAUUGAAAUUCAAGAGACAUUUAUCAUCCAACUUAUCCUGGACAUUGGUGAUGCUGAAAUCGACCAUAAGGCUGGGAAAGUGUUGUUGACAGUUCAGAAGUUUGGAAAUCCCAAUGGAAUAGUCCAAUUUACUGAGGAGUCCUUGUAUAUGAAGACUUUCUUGGAACCAUCCAACCAGGAAGAACUGAUAAAUAUUUCAUUCUUUAUUACAAGGACUAGAGGAAUGAUGGGAGAUGUAAAGCUUCAGACAUGUAAAUUAGCAGAUUCAUGUAAGCAGCAGACAGUGAACCUGCAGGUAAACUGGCAGCUGUGGAGCAAUGCUGAUAUGACAGGAGACUUUCUGUCAAUCAGUGGCUCAGUUACUAUCCCUGAUAUGCAGCAAAAUGCGGAGAUAAACAUUCAGCUGUUAGCUGAUGACAUUCCAGAAUUAGAUGAAGUUUAUAUAAUUAGGCUGACCUCUGUAGAAGGAGGUGCCGAUUUGAAUGAAGAAAAAGAUCACGCAACAUUUAUUGUACCGGCAAAUGAUGACCCCUACGGCUUAUUUGCCAUCUACUCGGAUCGACAAGCUGUAAUUGUUGGAAGUGAUUUGAAUCGCUACUUUCAGAUUAACAUUACAAGACACGGUGGGACAUUUCAAGAUGUGAGUGUAGAAUACGAGCUCAUGUUUCACGGGCAAGGAUUUACAACAGAUGGAUUGUUGGGAACUGUGUUGGUCAGAGAUGGUGCCAGCUUUGCUGUUGCCAAAGUGCCAAUCACAAAUCAGAUUUUCAUCAGACUGGAUUCUGACAUUUCUGUUAAGUUGAUAAAUGUGAGCCUUUUGAGUGGAAAUACUUCUGUUCCUCCCAUGCUGUUAAUUGGGACAGACUCAGCCAAUAUUUUCAUCCCAGAAGAAGCAGCAAAUUCUGAGGUUGGCUUUGAUUCUUUGGUACUUCAAGUCUCAGAUAUUUCUGCUGGCAUAUGUUGGGCUGUAAUAUCACGGAAUGGUGUGUAUGGGCUUGUGGUUGUAGAAUGGAGAAGUGGCUACCCUGAUGGCAUGGUCCCUGCUGGAUUCACACCUGGCUAUAUCAAACCUGCAUUUGGUUCAGUUGUCCUUUCCCAUGGUGAAAAAAGAAAGCCAGUGUUACUCACUGUACCAACCACUGACUUUACGGGCAAGGAGUCCUUUGCCAUUCAUCUGACUGCCGUACACAGUAAUCUUACUGGUAAAGCUGAACUAAGAUCAGGAUUCACUGUAGCUGAAAUUGAGCCAUUUGGAGUCUUCCAACUUGCCCCUAAUUCAAGGCAGCUCAGAAUAGAAGAAGAUGUAGGUGUAACUACUUUACAUAUCCAGAGACUCUUUGGUUUCCGUGGCAAUAAAACAAAACUGACCUACUGUACAACAGCAGGAAGUGCCAAACCUGAUGAAGAUUACGAGCACAUCCAAAAAGGAGAACUCAUUUUUGCUUCAUAUCAGUUUGAAGCUAUUAUUAAGCUGUUUAUCAUCAAUGAUAACAUUCCAGAAAUAGAUGAAGUGUUUUACCUAAAUUUGUCCAGCAUUGAAGUUCUGGGUUAUAAGCCAAAUGAAGCAAAAGAAAAACCUUACUUGAAUCCAAACUUUAGUGUGUCAUCUAUAACCAUUAUUGCCAAUGAUGCCACCAAGGGUGUUUUAAGUAUUGGACCCACUGUGAUACACACUAUAGAGGACACUGAUAAUAAUACAGUAAAUGUAAUACUUCAUAUUCGAAGGACUCUGGGAUUUACUGGGAUCGUCAGUGUGAGAGUUAUAACCUUUGGAGAAAAGAAGCUUAUAAGUGGUCUACAAGAAACCCCCUUUCAAACCAACCAGCAAAAUUCCAGUCUUUCCUGGGCCAAAGAGGGAGAAGAUUUUGAAGAUGAAGCUUUGAAUGUUACUUUACAAGAUGAGGAAAAGGAAAUCAACAUAUCUAUCAGAAUUUUAGACGACAAUGAACCUGAGGGCCGAGAAUUUUUUUUUGUCUAUCUAACAGAUCCUGGUGGAGGUGCACAGAUUGUGGAAGGAAAAGAUGAGCAUGGAUUCAUGGCUUUUAUGAAGAUAGUUAUCUUAGGAAAUGAUGUACAGAAUGGCAUUGUGGGUUUUGCAAGUGUGUCCCAGAGUAACCUGGUGUUGGAUGAAGACUCUGAAAAUAGGAAGGUUCAGCUAACUGUUGAAAGACAAAAGAUCAGAUCUUUUGAGGAUGUGACGAUUUCUUGGCGAGUGACAUUUAAUGAAACAGAUGUUGUAUUGCAAAGAGAUGGGGUAGAUCUGGUCAAUGAGCUCAAGGCUACAUCAGGAAUUAUCCUCUGUGUUUCCGGAGAGACUCAAUGCCCAAUCACCAUUGAAAUCAAACCCGACCAGAUCCCAGAAUCUGAAACGUGGUUUCUUGUGGAAAUUUAUGAAGUGGGAGCAGGAGCUUUGAUAAAUAACAGUGCUCGAUUCUUAAACAUUAUAAUUUUAGAGAGUGAUAACCUUCACACAUUGAUCUAUUUUGCUCCAGAAUCUCGGCUUUCUGUGAUUCAUCAGAAGGCCACAUUUGUUAGCCUGCAGGUGGUCAAGAAUGCAGUUUCAAGUAUGGUUGUAAGUGUUAGUUACCAAACACAGGAAUUAAGAAAGGCUGAGCUGAUGGGCCAAACCUUAAUAUCGCCAGCAAUUGCUGGGAUGGAUUUUGUGAAGUCGGAAGGGAGUUUAACUUUUCAACCAGGACAGUUAAGCGUUGCAUUGGAUAUUGUCCUUACUCCAGAGUUGACAUCAUCUAAUCCAUUGCCCAAACGAUUUCAAGUGGUGCUCUAUAACCCUACUGCAGGAAUUCAGUUGAACGAGAACUACAACAUAGCAAAUAUUACAAUAGUUACGGACACUAACUCUCAAUUCCUUUGGGGUUUAGUUGAUCAGUUAUACCAACCCCUUGAUGAUGAAUUAAUAAAUCAAGUUCUUCAGAAACUGCAAAGCAAGAUUACUGUGGAAACCACAAGAGAACAACUCAGUGCAGUUAUGAAAGUGUUAGAAAAGGUGAAACUUACAAUUUAA